CACACUUCGCGUGUUGGUCUGUUUCCACUCCUCUCCUCUCUCUCUCUCUCUCUCUCUCUCUCUCUAUUUUUCUAUCUCUUUUGUCGCCGGAACCCUAAUUCGAUCCACCGGACUUCGAAUUCACCGUAGAUGACUGUACGAUUGUGGAAUAGGUGAGAUCAAAGGGGCUGGAUUUCCUCGCCGGAUGGAGGGAGGUAGCGUCUUUAGACUUUCUUCUUCUGGGAUACACCCAUGGAUUAUGAUGACAGUGAUUUUCAAAGCCAGAAUCUCCAUUUAGCUGGUGAAGGGAGCACAAAAUUUCCUCCAUAUGCUCUCUCUAAGUUUGAUUUUGAUGAAAGCCUUCAAGGGCAUUUAAGAUUUGAUAGUUUGGUUGAAACUGAAGUUUUCCUUGGUAUUGAAAGUAACGAAGAUAACCAGUGGAUUGACGUGUAUUCCCGGGGGACUAGUGGCAUAGAGUUCAGUUCAACUGCAGCUGAAUCCUGCUCUAUAUUGAGGGCUAAUAAUGUUUGGUCUGAGGCCACUUCCUCAGAAUCUGUUGAAAUGCUAUUAAAAUCUGUUGGACAGGAGGAAUUUAUCCCUAGAGAAACUGUUAUACAGGAAUCUGAUGCCUGUGAUGAACUGGCAUGCUUAGCUAAGCAAAUGGAGUCCAAUCCAAAACCUGAUGAUAAAAAUGAAUUUAAAGGUAAUGAUACUGAUUUACAGCCCCCAGGCUAUAUCCAUGAAAACUUGUCUGUAUUAAAGGAGGAUGUAGAAAGGGAACCGUCUCUGGCUGGAGUUUCCCAAGGUGAAUUAUCCAUUGAUGGAAGUUUAAGAAAUGUGCAACCACAUGAUAUGCAUGGUAAUAUUGACUUGCCUGUGUGUAGGGAGGUUCUCUUUACUGAUGGCAAAAGUAAUGAUACAGAUCAAAGUAAAGUUGAGAAUAAGGCUGAUGGUUCUCUCGAAGAAAAAACUCAAGAGGGUUCAUCUGCUUCUGGCAUAAAGACUAGUAUUACUUCAACUUCUGCACAAAAUAUCUCUUCCACUUGUGAUGACUUAAAUAUUCAAAAUUUGCAAGAUCAAGUAAUUGGAAUGGGUGAUGAUGAGAAAAAAUCUUUACAAAUACCAGCUAAUGAGCAAGAUUUGGAUUCUUCUGCAAUUAACAAAGAUUCUAAUGUUGACAAUCAAACUUUGGACGUAGAUGCAGUUGAGGGUGAAGUGCAUCAUUCUGAUAAACCUCCGUGUUCAAUCCCCAUAGAAGAAGCAUUGGAAAGUGGCAAUGUAGUUGAAGGCCUAGAGACUGCUGGAAGUAGUUUAGAGGGCUCCAUGAGCAUGGUAUCUGAUGAUAUUUCUGACUUGCAGAAAGCAGAAAGAUGCAAUGACGAUACAUGUUUCAGUAAUUUGACUCAGGGCAAUGCAAAGGAAGAUGCUUUGGUGGGUAAUCAAUCUGCACCAAUUACAAGUGACUCACCAAGGGUUGCUAUUAAAAAUGAUUCCAGUUCUGAGGGGCAUGUAGUAGAGGUCAGCAAUUCCGAUUGUAAUACAUGUUCUAAUUUUCAGCAGAAUGUGGUUACUGUUGAGAAGACAUAUAGUGAGAGCAGUGUUGCUAAGGAAAAGGAGUUAUUGAACAUUGGUAACCAGAUGGAUACAGAGGUUUUCUUAAGUAAGUCAGAGCCAUCUAUGUUUGCUUUGGGGGAUAAAAAUACUUCUACUGUUAGUAAGGGAAAUAGUGAUAGCGAAGUAGGAGAUUUUUCUAGUUUAGGUGCAGUGGCUUCCACAAAAUCUUGUAUUUUGGGUGAGGCAACUCAAUUGUGUGAAAACAGUGAUCAUGACAAGCAGGGUGAAAAUGAAAACUUUUGUCAAGAGGUUUCUGUCAUUGACCAGGAGAAUAAAAAGGUCCCUUUUGAUUCUUGCCUAAUGCAUUGUGAUGUGGACCAAUCCCAUCUUGUUGAUACAGGAGUUAGUUCUUCAUCUAUUAAUGCUGGUACAACGGAAAUUUCGAUGACAACUCCCCCAGUAUCAGUUGAUGGCAUGCCUGUCAAUAAUUCAGCUUCACAAUGUAUAUCAGAAAAUAUUAGUUCAACAUCCUGUGAGAUAGUGAAUGUUCCGCCUGCGCCUAGCAGAGUUGGGUCCACACAUGAAGUUGCAGAUCACUAUGAAGUUCAAGGAGUGAUGCUUGUUGGGUCUGCUUCUAUUGUUGAAAAGGAAGACUCUAAAGCUAAAAUAGUAGAUGAAGCAAGCAUGUCUCUUCCUGUUGGGUCUUCUGAACAGGAAACUGCUCCUUGUCCUGUAACUGGAACUCAAAAACUAGAUUUUUCUGUUGCGUCUAGGCAACUGUUGGAUGAGACCUUAAGCAGUUGUGUGAUUACUGCUACUGAGAAGAUUGAUGAACCUCAAGAAACACUAAGUGAUAAGGUUCAUCAAGAAUGCACAAAAGAGGAUGGUGUAUCUGCUGUUCUGUGGGAAUCAGUUGAGAAACAGGUUGAUGAAGUUGCAGUUUCUUUUACUGAGGAUGACAAGGAGGCAACACAAGAGAACCAUGACAAGUCAUCCUCAAAAAUAUCAGGUUCCAAAUCUUCUUUACCUGAUUCUCACACCGAGUUGCAUGAAACUGGAAGCAGUCAUGCCAAUCAUACUGAUAAUACUUGUGAUACCUCUAUUAUAAUUGGAAACCCUCCUGAAACUGAAAAGGAUGUGAAUCUAGUUAAGGCUUCUGCUAAUCCGAAUCCUCCUGUUUCUGAGUGCAAAAAUAAGGAUGUGUCAAACAUGUCUACUGAUCAUGAUCCUAAGGGGAAUGAUGCAUCUAAAGAUGAGAGAAGCUUAACUCUUGAGGUAAAUCCUGUGGCAAAUUCGUCCAAAACUGAUGUUUCAGAAAAGACUACAAAAGGAAGAAAUGCUGGUAAGCGGCAACAAGAUCAUGUUACUAUAGUCGACAAAGCUUCAACGGUUGUAGAGGAUUUUCCACUGGUUUCUGCACUAGGUACUCCCAAAACCAAAGUAGCAGGAAAUAUCUCACUUGGGAGUCCACAAAUAUCUGAUGGUGACACAACACGUAAUGUUACUCAAGGUACACCUGAACGCAAAACUAGGCGAGCAUCUAACAAGACAUCUGGGAAGGAAUCAUCUAGAAAGGGAAAUAAAGGAAAAACUUCAGCGAGACAGUCAGAAAGAGGGGAUAGAUCAACUGCUGUGUCUCUGAGCCCAUCACCUUGUUUCCAGCUGAUGCAAUCCAACGAGGUGCAGCAGUAUGGGCAUGUUGAUUCUGUCUCUAAAAUGCCAUUUGCUAUUUUAAAUGCUUCAACAUCUAGCCUUCCUGAUUUGAACUCUUCUGCUUCUCUACCUGUUCUUUUUCAACAGCCUUUCAUGGAUAUUCAACAAGUACAAUUGCGUGCACAGAUCUUUGUCUAUGGAGCUUUGAUUCAAGGCACAGUACCUGAUGAGGCAUAUAUGAUAUCAGCUUUUGGGGGCCCAGAUGGUGGAAGGAGCAUUUGGCAGAGUGCUUGGUCUUCCUGCGUGGAAAGGCAGCAUGGUAAUAAAGCUCAUCCCAUUAACUCAGAAACUCCAGUGCAAUCACGAUCUGGUCCUAGAACUGCUGAUUUGGCAGUAAAGCAAAAUGCACUUCAAGGAAAAGGCAUCCCUUCACCUCUUGGCCUAGUCAGUAGCAAGGCUACUCCAACAAUUGCAAACCCUUUAAUACCCCUUUCAUCUCCCCUUUGGAGUCUACCUACUCCCUGUGAUUCCCUUCAACCUAGUGCCCUUGCAAGAGGUUCUGUUGUGGAUUAUCCACAGGCACUUACAUCUUUGCAUCCUUAUCAAACUCCACCUCUGAGAAACUUUCUUGGACAUAACACAGCUUGGAUGUCCCAAGCUCCCCUUCGUGGACCAUGGACUCCUACUCCUGCACAUGAUAACAACAGUUCCCAUCUUUCUGCAUCAGCUUCCACUGAUACAAUUAAGUUAAGUUCGGUCAAAGGAUCUGCUGUGCCUCCUUCCUCUAGCAUAAAAAAUGUUCUGCCUGGUCAGCCAACUUCUAGUACAGGUCUACAAAGUGUAUUUGUAGCAACUUCCCCUCUGCUUGAUACCAACAAUGUGACUGUAUCACAUGCUCAGCAUUCUACAGAUCCAAAGCCCAAAAAAAGGAAAAAGGUUGUAGUGUCUGAGGAUCCUGGCCAGAAGGCUAUGCAUUUGCAGUCUCAAGUAGUGCCAACUCCUGUUGUAAGCAGCCAUAUACCUACUGCUGUUGCUACUGCAAUCCCUGUUGGGAGUGUGCCCAUAACUACUGUUGAAAAAUCAAUUGUCUCUGUAACUCCUCUAUCUUUUGCUGAUCACCUCAAAAGUGACUGGAAUAUUGAGAAGAGGAUUAUGUCAGAUGAGUCUCUUAUGAAAAUUAAAGAGGCGAGUGUAAAUGCGGAGGAAGCUUUUGCUCUUUCUGCUGCUGCUGUGAAUCAUAGCCUGGAGAUAUGGAAACAGUUGGAUAAGCAGAAAAAUUCUGGAUUGGUCUCAGAUAUUGAGGCAAAAUUAGCUUCUGCAGCAGUUGCAGCUGCAGCAGCUGCUGCUGUUUCAAAGGCAGCGGCUGCUGCUGCCAAUGUAGCAUCAAAUGCUGCAUUGCAGGCAAAACUGAUGGCUGAUGAAGCAUUGGUCUCAAAAGGUUAUGAGAGUUCUUACCAAAUUUCUCAUUCAGAGGGUAUUAGUAACUUGGGAAAUGCAACCCCUGCCUCCAUCUUGAAGGGUAUUAUUGGAACAAAUAGCUCUAGUUCUAUUAUUGGUGCUGCAAAGGAGGCUGCAAGAAGGAGAGUGGAAGCUGCAUCAGCUGCCAGAAAACGAGCUGAAAAUAUGGAUGCUAUUGUUAAGGCUGCUGAGCUGGCGGCAGAAGCUGUAUCACAGGCUGGAAAGAUUGUAACUAUGGGUGAUCCUUUGGCAUUAAAUGACUUAGUAGAAUCUGGUCCAGGCGGUUGUUGGAAAUCAGCCCCCGAGUCUUCUCAUCAAGUUGAAAUAUUGAAAGACAUGACCAGUGGUCUGGUGAAUAUAGACAAUGUUGGAGACAGACCGGAAACCUCUCAUACAUCUAAUAGAGAUAUUUCAUCUGAUGAAAUGCGGAGGAAGAUUGCUGCAAGUGAGAAAUCACCUUUUCAUAUACAUGAUGAAAUCUCUCAGGACCAUAUGAGAUCCAUUGGUAUUUCUCCAAUUAAUAAUGUCAGUGAAAAGAGUUCGAAAGGACCAAAGGGCCGCAAGGUUUCUGAUUUAGUCAAUUCCAUUGAUGUGCUUCCUGAAUCUGAGUCUGAAAUACAGACUUCUUUUACUGUUGUUAAUGGACUUGGAAAUCGGGAUGAAAAUAACAUCAAGGAGGGCUCACUUGUAGAGGUUUUCAAAGACGGAGAAGGAUUUAAAGCAGCAUGGUACACAGCCAAUAUAUUAAGUUUGAAGGAUGGUAAAGCUUAUGUAUCCUACAGUGUGCUUGUAGACGAUGAAGGUGCAGGGCCUUUAAAGGAAUGGGUUUCACUUGAAGUUGAAGAAGACCAACCUCCCAGAAUACGUACUGCUCGUCCUCUGGCAGGUUUGCAUAAUGAAGGAACAAGGAAGAGACGAAGAGCAACUUUGAUAGAAUAUACUUGGUCUGUUGGGGAUAGGAUUGAUGCCUGGAUACAGGAAAGCUGGCAGGAAGGAGUUAUUACAGAUAAGAACAAGAGAGAUAAAACAACAUUAACUGUUCACUUCCCAGCUAGUGGAGAAACAUCAGUUGUCAGAGCUUGGCAGCUACGUCCAUCCCUUAUUUGGAAGGAUGGAAAAUGGAUUGAGUCUCCCAAGGUUGGAGCAAAUGAAAGUUCAACCCAUGAGGGUGAUACCCCUCGUGAAAAACGACCUAAAUUAGGUAGCCCUGCAGUAGAGGUAAAAGGGAAAGACAAGAUUCCAAAAGGUACUGAUGCUGUCAAGUCAGCUAAUCCCAGUGAGUUGAGGAUACUUGACUUGACUGAAAAUGAUAAGGUGUUCAAUAUUGGUAAGAACAGCAAGAAUGAAAAUAAAGCUGAUGGUCAUAGAAUGGUGAGGACUGGUCUUCAAAAAGAAGGAUCAAGAGUGAUUUUCGGUGUUCCUAAACCUGGAAAGAAAAGGAAAUUUAUGGAAGUAAGCAAGCAUUACGUUGCAGAUGGGACAAGUAAGAUCAAAGAUGGAAAUGAUUCAGUUAAGCUUGCAAAUUUUUUGAUGCCUCAAGGUUCUGGAUCGCGUGGGUGGAAAAAUAUUUCAAAAAAUGAUACGAAGGAGAAACUAGGAGCUGACUCCAAGCCCUCGAAGUCUGGAAAGCCACAGGGUGUUUUGGGUAGAGUGCUCCCAUCAAAAGAAAACUCUUUAUCAAACUCUCAUGCCAAUAAUCUGAUAAGUCGUACAGAAAGGAUCAAGGAUUCUGCAAGUCAUUUUAAGAAUGCAUCUGGGAGUGAAAAUCAUUCGGAAAGAGCAUCCUAUUCUGGAAACAGUGGAGCUGGAGCUGGUCCAAUCUUGUAUUCAUCACUUGCUUCUUCAACUGAUUCUCAUUCCACUAAAAAGACAUCAACAUCAAGGGCAAGUAAAGGAAAACUUGCCCCUGCUGGUGGAAGGUUGGGCAAAGUUGAUGAGCUAAAAAUUUUAAACGAAAAUCCAGUGAAAUCAACAUCUGAAGUCACUGAGCCUCGGAGAUCCAAUCGCAGAAUCCAGCCAACAUCAAGACUAUUGGAAGGAUUGCAGAGCUCUUUAAUUAUCUCAAAGAUUCCUUCUGGUUCACAUGAAAAGGGACAAAAAAACCAGAAUCGUAAUACUUCUAGGGGUAAUAACCAGAGUUGAUGGAGUAGUUGCAUUGUGCCGAUCAGUUGAAUGACCGACGCACUCAGCAUAUAUGUGUAUAUUUAUUUACAGUAGGGAACAUAGGAAUGGAAAUUCUUGUUUCCUUCGGUUUAGGCAAACUAGUUCUGUAGAUGUUAAUAGUGAUUUUAUCUUGUUUACAAUAUGAUUUGAUUUAAUCCUGUAGGCUGUAUAUGGAAUUUCCUCCUUGACUUGUUUAUAGAGGUUUAUUGAUAUGAUCAAAUGGCAACGUCAUGUUCCUCUUCAUUGGGUGUCGACUUGUACCUGUCUACCGUUCCACCUCCGUUGUCCUUUGUGACACUAAUCUGUAGUAAGUUUAGGUUGACAAAAUUUGGGGUUAAUAAGAAUAAAAAUUCGGAUGAACUUACUGAAAUUCAUCAUGGCAGUCGAGAUGAUAAAUUUAGAAGAAUUGAAAACUUUGUCCAUUGUGAGUUAUUUAUUGUUUGAUAAAUUAAUUUAUCAUACGUGUCAGU